AUGUCAUCCUCAACCUCCUCCUUAUCUACGCCAUCAGACAAAGACAAAGAUAAAACUUCCCGUCCGAAACCUACAUCCACAUCAUCCUUCCCAACACUCUACAUCCUCUUUGUCCUAAUCUUCCUCAUCGCCCUCUUUCCCCCUCUCUUCCACGCUCUUUGGACACUCCCCUUCAAACUCCUCCUUCCCAGCACCUAUUCCUCCUCCCUUUCCCCAGCACGCUACACCAAACCCGCCAUCAUGUCCUGGACACAAAAAACCAUUUCUCUCCCCUCCAAAUCCCGCGGCUCCUACCUCAUUACCGACCACAUCGUCUCCUCGAUCCCCGAAAUCAAAUCCUAUAAAGUUGGGCUUCUGAAUCUGUUCGUUCAGCAUACGAGUUGUGCGCUGAGCUUAAAUGAGAAUUGGGAUGAGGAUGUUAGGGCCGACAUGAGUGAUGCGUUGGAUAGGAUUGCGCCUGAGGAUAAGAAGGGAGAGUUGUAUAGACAUAGUGCGGAGGGACUGGAUGAUAUGCCGGCACAUAUUAAAUCGGCGUUGGUGGGAGCAACGGUCACGAUACCUAUCACAAAUGGAAAGUUGAACACGGGAACGUGGCAGGGGAUAUGGUAUUUGGAGUUCAGAGCAAGCAAACAUAGUAGGAAGGUCGUUGCUACAAUUCAGGACCGACCGACCAAGGUUGAGUUCACAACCACCCUCAUGCAGCAAGCAUUGGGGGAUACUGAUAUCCCUUGA